AUGUUUCAACGUGGUGUUCGCGCUCUCGCUACUAGUCGGCCACUUCUUCAAUCCUCGCAAGCCAUAAAAUCGCCCGGUCAUGUCUGGCUCUCCGGUCAAAUCCCAGCUGAUGCAAAGGGAAACCUCAUAAAAGGAUCGAUGACCGAACAAGCUCAAGCUAUCAUUAGGAAUACCGAAGCUAUUUUACUUGCAGCAGGAUCGUCCCUGGAGAGCGUGGUCAAGGUUGUGGUCUAUGUUAAAGACGCAAAAGCCAUGCCUGAGUUCGCCGCAGUCUAUGAUCCUGUAUUCCCGCAUAAACCGGCGCGAUCGAUGGUCGAGGUAUCCAAUUUACCAGCCGGGGUUGAUAUCCAGAUUGACUUCAUCGCGGUGACCACAUCGCCUAAUCUCUAA